UUUCAAAAAUUUUAAAGAUCUCCACUCAGAUUCACUCUUAAAAUCUUAAAAACCCUAAUUUUUGUUUCCCUCUCUCUCCCUCCUUCCCUCCCUCCUCUGUCACCGAGCGCACUGUUCUUACUUCGAGGCACGGAUUCUGAAGUUACGGAGCUGUGAUUCUUCAAGUUUCGAGUUCAGAUCCCUUUAUGAAAAUGGCGAGUUUGAUAUUUUGUCCUGUGAAACUCUGAUAUUCGUGUGUUUUUUGUGUACUUUAGCUGCUAGAUUGUGGAGAGUGAUAGUGAGCUCUUCCAGUUAGCUUCUUUUUUAUAAAAUUGCUCCGAAAAUUGAAAAAAUUGAACUUUUUCUGGAAUGGCAAGCACAGUUUUUUUAAGCUUACACUUCAGCUGCUUAAGUGUGGGAAUGAUUAACUCAUAAAUUCUGUUGGAGCUCAAACAAUUCAUUGUGGGAUCAGAUUUCUAUUACCCAAGGUAGCUAUGCAAACCAGGAAAAAGGUUGAUGGAAAAAAUGCUCCAGAGCUCGGGAGUCCAAGGAUUUCUAGACACCAGAAGAAAUUGUCUGAAAACAGCCAAAACCAGUCAAAAAGAGUUUCAGACCUAAUAACCUCUUCAGCAAGGAAGCAAAAAUCAGGCAACACCUUUUCAAAGAAGGAUGAGAACUCUGCUACCGGUACAGAAUUGGAUUCAAGAUUUAGAUUGGUGGAUAAUGAUGCCGCCGACAUUUGUUGGGGUCAGGAUGUUGGUUACGAAACUAAUUAUGCUUCUGUUGAAAACAAGGGAUAUGAAGAUGGAACUGCUAAUUGCCAAACUGAUGCAAUUUUUUCUCCUGCCUUUCGUACUACUAGAAGUAUUGCAGGAGAAAUUUCAACUAAUGUGGAGUUGAUUAAGCCCUUCCAACAUGGAGACCAGCCACUUGAUGACCGAGGCAAAGAGAACAUGGGGGCUGAUAUUCUGAAUGGGCAUGUGCAAGAAAUUUCAUCAAAUUUAGGGAGUAAAAAUCCCACACCUGAAGUUUUCUCCACGUAUCAUACUUUAAGAAAUUCAAGGUUGGAAUGUGUAGAUGAGUUUAAUCAAGACCAAGUGCAAACUGACAUUAGUAUGGAGGAAACUGAAAGUGAAGAGUUUGAUGAUUUUGAUCCAUAUUUUUUCAUCAAGAAUUUGCCAGAUUUGUCGGCAGUUGUUCCAACAUUUAGGCCUCUGCUCUUGCCUAAGCAGACACGGAGUUGCCCUUCGACCACUCUGGCGUUGGACUUGGAUGAGACCUUGGUGCACUCUACACUUGAACCUUGUGAUGAUGCUGAUUUCACAUUUUCAGUAAAUUUCAACUUGAAGGACCAUACAGUAUAUGUACGAUGCCGCCCACAUCUCAAAUACUUUUUGGAGAGGGUAUCAAGCCUUUUUGAGAUAAUCAUAUUUACAGCCAGCCAAAGUAUUUAUGCUGAGCGGGUUUUGAAUGUACUAGAUCCAAAGAGAAAGUUGUUUCGCCAUCGUGUUUACCGUGACUCCUGUGUAUUUGUUGAUGGAAAUUACCUUAAAGACUUAUCAAUUCUUGGCCGUGAUUUAGCACAUGUCAUUAUUGUUGACAACUCUCCUCAGGCAUUUGGAUUCCAAGUGGACAACGGUAUACCGAUUGAGAGCUGGUUUGAUGAUCCCUGUGACCAAGAACUGCUUGUGUUGCUCCCGUUUUUGGAGGGUUUAGUUGGAGUUGAAGAUGUUAGACCAAUCAUAGCAGAAAAAUUCAAUUUGAAAGGGAGAAUCAAUGCAGCUAUUUCUCCUUACAGUUCUGUCAAUGGGAAUUCAUUUGAUAGGUAAACUUGUUUUCUUAAUUUGCAUGUCUUUGUGUUGGUUCCAUAGUCUUUGACUGCUGGUUUGUUACAAAACCAUGUUAUUCCUUGUAAGACACCCAACCUAUGCAGCAUCCUUGUAAUAAAUGGAUUCCUUAUUUAUUGAUAUUCUACAUUUACUCUUUGAAUUUC